AUGUGUAACAGUACCGGUAGCGGUACAGAAUCAGUUGAUACUUUCAUGUAUAGUGUUGCUGUUUCUGAUUGUUUGUUCUUUUACGAUAAGUGUCACGAGUCAUAUUCCAAGGUACUCAAGAGAAGGAAAAUCUCUGAAGAUGCAAAAGAUUUCAGUGUAACGGCUUCCUCUACUACGUCGGAAGAUGAAGCGAAAGGGAAGACACUUGAGAUUUCUCAGAAAGUUAACUAUUACUCGGAUCGAUUGGCCAUUUCUGGAUUGAACUACUUGGAUUUUGGUUGUUUCGGAAGUGUCACAAAAGACAUAAGAGAUCUUAUGGAUCUGAAGGCUCGGACAUGGGAUCAGCUUUUCAGAAACAAUCCUUUAUUCUUCCAGUUGUUUGCAAUUGAUGAAGAGAACUUAAGCAAACCAGUGUCAAAGUUGACAAUUGAACAAGCUCGUCCUAAUGUGUUUGAUUUGGAGGAUGAGUGUGUGGCUAUUGAUGUUCCAUUAAUCAUUCUUUCUGAUGAUAAAGAUGAGGAAGAAACGAGACCUUCUAGUCCUCUUCGUGAGGUUGUCUUGGUACAGCCUUCUGCUGGGCAAUCUCAUACUGAGGACGCAGUGGAUAGGGGCCAUGCAGAGAAAUCCACUCAAGUGGAAGAAAUAGUAAGUUUGACUGGUGAAAGUGAUAAUGAGAAAGAUAACAGUGUUGGUGUUGAAGAGAAUAAGGACCAGGUUUGUGCGGAGAAAACAGUGCAAAGAGACGAUAAAGUAAGUUUGGAUGGUGAAAUUGCCAUCGAGAAAGAUAGGGGUGUUUAUGUCGGCGUUGAAGAAGAUGAGGAUAACCAAACCAAGAUUGAAGAUGAUGGUCUGGGGGAAAUUUGGCAGCAAAUGUAUAUGUCAUUAGAGUUUUCUAAGGAUGUGGUCGAAGAUAUUUCAUGCAAGGAACAUAGUGGUGAAGAUGAAGACAACUGUGAUCAUUCAUUCAUUUUGAAGGAUGACCUUGGCUAUGUUUGUCGCAUUUGUGGAAUUAUUGAGAGAGCAAUUGAGACCAUCAUUGAGGUUCAGUUCAAUAAGGUCAAAAGGAGCAGUAGAACUUACAUGUAUGAAUCACGGAAUGCCCAAGGCAGAGGUUCAAGCAGUACUGCUGUAGUUAAGUUGUCUAAAGAUGUUUUCUUGGAGACUGACAUUACUACUCAUCCAAGACAUAUGAAGCAAAUGAAACCCCAUCAAGUGGAAGGCUUUAAUUUUCUUCGUAAUAAUCUGUUGACAGAAAAUCCUGGUGGCUGCAUUUUGGCUCAUGCUCCUGGAUCUGGAAAGACAUUUAUGAUAAUCAGUUUCAUCCAAAGUUUCUUAGGCAAAUACCCACAGGCUAGACCGCUUGUUGUGCUCCCUAAAGGAAUCUUAUCUACAUGGAAAAAGGAGUUUAAGACAUGGCAAAUAGAAGAUUUUCCACUUUUUGAUUUUUACACUGUGAAAGCUGAUAGUCGGGCUCAGCAAUUGGAAGUGUUGAAAAAGUGGGUAGAGCAGAAGAGCAUUCUUUUCUUAGGGUACAAACAGUUUUCCACUAUUGUUUGUGACUCUGAAACCAGUGAGAUAGCAACCACUUGUCAAGAGAUACUGCUCAAAAAGCCUUCAAUUCUGAUUUUGGAUGAAGGGCAUACUCCAAGGAAUGACAAUACAGAUGUAUUGCAAUCCCUUGCCAGAGUACAGACUCCUCGCAAAGUUGUACUUUCAGGAACCCUCUACCAAAAUCAUGUGAAAGAGGUGUUCAACAUUUUGAAUCUAGUUCGUCCAAAAUUUCUGAAACUGGAUACCUCCCGAGCUGCUGUGAGUCGCAUAAUGAGUAGAAUACCUGCAAGGAAGCAAUCCAAAGCAGUUGUGGACACAGCUUUCUGUGAGUCAGUGGAGCACUCACUUCUCAAGGAAGAUGAUUUCAAAAGGAAAUUGAGUGUCAUACAAGACCUACGUGAGAUGACCAGUAAGGUUCUUCAUUAUUAUAAAGGUGAUGUCUUGGAUGAGCUUCCUGGACUUGUUGAUUUCACUGUGGUACUGAACCUGAGUUCCAGACAGAAGAGUGAGCUUCCUAAGUUGAAAAUUUUGGGCAGAAAGGGCAAGAUAUUUAAGAUGUCUGCUAUUGGAAGUUCUGUUUUUCUGCAUCCGGAAUUAAAUUCUCUCCCUGAAGAUUGUGUCCCAACAGAUUAUCAGAUGGAUGAGAUUUUAGAGAAACUAGAUUUAGGAGAAGGUGUGAAAGCUAAGUUCUUCUUUAAUUUGUUGAGCUUAUGUGAGUCAGCUGGUGAAAGGUUACUUGUGUUCGGUCAGUACCUGCAGCCCUUGAAAUUUUUAGAGAGAUUGGUUGUAAAAACCAAGGGCUGGAGUCUAGGGCAUGAAAUUUUUGCGAUCUCAGGUGAUUCAAGUGCUGAGCAUAGAGAGUGGUCCAUGGAGUGCUUUAACAGCUCGACUCACUCAAGAGUUUUCUUUGGAUCAAUCAAGGCUUGUGGCGAAGGAAUCUCAUUGGUGGGCGCAUCCCGCAUCAUCAUUCUGGAUAUUCAUCUUAAUCCAUCAGUUACCCGCCAAGCAAUAGGCCGUGCAUUCCGACCUGGCCAGAAAAAGAAAGUAUAUGCGUAUAGAUUGGUGUCUGCUGAUACUCAUGAAGAGAAAGACCAUACCACUUGCUUCAAGAAAGAAUUGAUUUCAAGGAUGUGGUUUGAGUGGAAUGAGUUCUGUGGUCGUAGGAACUUUGAAUUGGAGACUGUCGAUGUGAAUAAUUGUGAUGAUCCUUUUUUGGAAAGUCCACUCUUAAGGGAAGAUAUAAAACUUCUAUACAGAAGGUAGAUGCUAGCAUCAUAGGAUCAAACAGCAGGGAGAGUAACAAUCAGAAUUUAUACCCCAUCAAAAUUUUUACAAUUUGGAAAUAUAGGUAAGCAAGUUUCAUAGAACAAGUCAACAACCCAGGUAAUUAGAUACUUCUGAGAUGAUCAUUUUUUAUGGUAGAUCAAGAACUCUUUUAUGUGUCCGUCAGGAAAAAAAAAAAAAACUGCUACAUAACUCUGGAAGCUUGAAAAUGUCUGCAGCCUUUUAGUAAACUGCUUAGUCAAAAUGUUUUGUUUCAGCCAA